ACAUGGGCAUUGGGUGAAGCAGAAAGGGGUUCGCGUGUAAAUACCUAUAGGAGUGACUAACUAAAGGCCAUACAUAUUAUGCAACAACGUGACCCGACCCAUGGUUUCUCUCUCUCUCUCUCUCUCUAAACUCUCUCUUUCUCUCUCUCUCUAUAAUUAUAAAUAUAGGGUUUGAAGGAAAGAGGAUGCAAGAUGUUGGAUUAUAUAUAAUAAUAUAAUAUAAUAUGUGAGUGUGAAUGUGUGUGAUGAAAAAAGUAGGAGGAGGAGUACUGUGUGGUCUGAAUGCUACAGAAAUGGAAGAAGUUUAGAGAGAGAAAGUAGGGUGUGCCGUAAGAAGAAAGGAAAGAAGACUAACACUACGCUCUUAUACCUAUUUUUAUAUAUUAUAUAUUAUAUAUGUGUGUAUAUAUAUAUAUGCUCGAUCGAUCACACUUUGGAGUGGAGGGGCCAAAAAAACUAAAUAAACCAGAAAACAAAAAGAAAUAAAUUAAAGCACAAUUGUAAGGAAAGGUUGUGUCUUUUUUAUACAAGGAUAAAAAGGUCUUUUUUUCAUUCUUCACCAUUCACUAUAAAGAACAACAAACCAACAAACAAGAACAAGAAGAAGAAGAAGCAGCAGCAAACAAAGAUGCAGCAGCAGUACUACAACAGCAGCGGGGAUGGGUACAUGGGAAUAGGCGGCGGCGGCGGAGGUGGUGGAGGAGGUGGUGGUGGUGGUGGUGGAGGUGGAUCGACUCUGACUUUCCCUGAAAUAUCACAGAUCCUACCAUGGAACCUCACUCAAGCCGCUCACGGCUUCAACCCGACGUCGACCCAUUUCUCGACCCGGGACCACGACCCGUUUCUUCUCUCUCAUCAGCCAGCAGCUGCUGCUCCAUCAUCCUACGGUGGGUUGUUCACAGGCGGCCGCAGUCGGCCGGGCUGCAUUCGGGUACAUGGAAGGCGGGUCGCCGGGGGACCAUAGCCACCAGCUCAGGAUGAUUUCGGAGGUGGUGCAGUACCCGAACAACUCAUCAUGUGGCGGCGCCGCCCCUUUCGGGCUGCACGCGGAGCUCCAGAAAAUGACGGCACAAGAAAUAAUGGACGCGAAAGCCAUAGCAGCUUCGAAAAGCCACAGCGAAGCCGAGAGGCGCCGCCGAGAGAGAAUCAAUAACCAUCUUGCUAAGCUCCGAAGCUUACUCCCUAGCACAACCAAAACGGACAAAGCUUCACUACUGGCAGAAGUGAUCCAACACGUGAAGGAGCUAAAGCGGCAGACAUCUCUUAUCGAAGAAACGAGCCCCGUCCCGACGGAGACCGACGAGCUGACGGUGGACAACGCUUCUGACGCCGGCGAGGACGGUAAAUGGAUCGUCAAGGCGUCGAUAUGCUGCGAGGACCGGCCGGAACUUCUGCCGGAGCUGAUCAAGGCUCUGAAAUCGAUGAGGUUGAGAACCCUGAGAGCCGAGAUCACGACCCUCGGAGGAAGGGUUAAGAACGUGCUGUACAUCACCGCCGAGGAGGAGGAGUUCAGUAAUUACGAUAACAAUGACGAUAAUGAUGACGUGGCGGAGGAGAAUAUCCGCGAGGAGAGGGAUUACUCGAUAAGGUCGAUCGAGGAAGCACUUAGAGCAGUUAUGGAGAAAUCGUCGUCGAACGGUGAUGAGUCGGGUUCGGCUGGGAGUGUUAAGAGGCAAAGAGUUAAUACUAGUGUUCUUGAAUACAGGUCUUUUUAAUUAUUUAUUUAUCUUUUUAUUUUUCAUAUUAUAUAUAUAAACCCUAAUAUAUUUUUUUUUUUUUCGAUUUUGUGUGGGUUUUGGGGUUUGUUUUUAGUUGCUUCUGUUGAUUUUUAUCCAAAUCUCUAUUUGGUGACUUCAAUUAAGAAAAUAGUUAAUUAGGUAAUAUUUCAUGCAAAUGGCCUCCGAUGUGAUCCGCCGCCGCCACGACUGCCGCCGCUCCAGCACCACUUCGAUCGGUGGUUACGUUGUUCGAUAUAUUGAUGUUCCUGGCCUGGCUUCCAGCUCUAGUAUUAAUUUCCUAUAAAUUUUCAAGUAUUUAUGAAUGGAGAGCUUGUGAUGGACUAAUGGUUGGGAAUGUAUAUAUAUUUUAUUAUAUAUAUAUAUAAUAGGUAUUUAAUUAAGUCAUAGGUUGUUUUUCCAUUUCUUUUGUUGUGUAAGGUUUUGCUGUAUUGAAGUGCAAGAAUUUUUAGUUGCACUGCUUGCGGAAAACCUAUUAAUAUUAAUAUUAAUAUGAAUGAUUGUCUUUGGCCUGUUAAA